AUGACUCUCGCCAUCGACCUUCUCAACCCCACCCCCGAGCACCAGGCUCGCUGCCACAAGCUCAAGAGGCUUGUGCAGAACCCCAACUCGUUCUUCAUGGACGUCAAGUGCCCCGGCUGCUUCGCCAUCACCACCGUCUUCUCGCACGCCCAGACCGUCGUUGUCUGCGGCAGCUGCGCCCAGGUCCUCAGCCAGCCCACUGGUGGUAAGGCCCGCCUCACCGAGGGCUGCUCCUUCCGCAGGAAGGCAUAA